GGCUGGGUUUAUAACGGAGGCGGCAGCCCCCGCCUCGCAUCGCUCCGCCGGGCAGGACUCAUCCCAGCGCCAUGCCGCUCAAGAAAUCCGAGCCCAAGAAGGACGCGGCCAAAGCAGCCGCAGCCCCGGAGGCACCCAAGGAAUUCGCCUUCGAUCCCAAAAGCGUGAAGAUCGAGUUCGCUGCGGAGCAGAUCGAAGAGUUCAAGGAAGCCUUCAGCCUGUUUGACCGGACGCCCACGGGAGCCAUGCAGAUCUCCUACGCGCAGUGCGGCGACGUCCUGAGGGCUCUGGGUCACAACCCCACCAACGCUGAGGUCCUGAAGGUGCUGGGCAAACCCAAACCAGAAGACAUGAACACGAAGAUGCUGGACUUUGAGACCUUCCUCCCCAUCCUGCAGCACUUCACCCGCACCAGGGAGCAGGGCAGCUUCGAGGACUUCGUGGAAGGGCUGCGCGUCUUCGACAAGGAAGGCAACGGCCUGGUGAUGGGAGCGGAGCUGCGCCACGUGCUGGUCACGCUGGGGGAGAAGAUGACAGAAAGCGAGGUGGAGCAGCUCAUGGCAGGACAAGAAGACGCCAACGGCUGCAUCAACUACGAAGCUUUUGUCAAGCACAUCAUGUCUGGCUGAGCCGAGGAACUGCAGGUUCUCGGAGGUGAUGGAAUCCAUCCGAGCCCCAACAGACCACAAGAUUCCUACAUCCAUGUCCCCCCUUCCUCCCCAGAGGUCCCCCGAAGGCAGAGGACUUCCACAAGCACACAGCCAGCCUCCACAAACGUGCCCCAGUGGGUUUCAAUGGGACAAGUCUGCACCUUGGCUCUAAGCCUUAAAUUAUUCUUUCCAGUUCUUUCCUGUGCCAUUCGCAUCAUUAA